UGACGUAACUAAUCCUGUUUGGAUUAGAUUAUUUGGUUUUUCUGGUAUUAACCAACUUUGUAGCAUUCCAGGUACAAUUUUAAGUGGUCGUACCGCUUAUGAAGUAUAUAAGCACAUGCAUCUACUUAAGUCUAAUUCUAGUUCUUCUGUUGAACAAGUAAUCACUCACGAUAGUACUCUUCAGCAACCUAAAUUUUCUAGAAAUCCUUUUUCUACAAAAAGUAAAUCUUAUAAUUUAACAAAAGCUGCUGCUAUUCGAAUGGUCACCUUUUCGCUCUUAUUUGCUCUUAUCAAUUUUUUUGGUUGUUUUGCAAGCUUUUCAGCUAUUAUUAAAAAUGUAAGUCUUGAAAAAGAACCCUCUACUAAUGAUUGGGUUGGUGCGACCAUUGGAAUUUUUGUAUUCAUUGUGUUUGGCUGGCCACACAAUUUCAAGAAAGUUAAGCAAAUUUGGUUAAAUGGUUAA